UCUAUUGAUAUUUGGUUUUCUUUUCAAUGUAUCUCCUUACCGUGACGCUCUCCUUUGUGCUUGACCGCUGUACAAGUCCAUGUCCAAGUACCAUACUCGUACUCUACUCAUCCUCGGAAAAUAAUCGACCGUUGCCUUGUUGCAGAUCUUGGAUCCACACAUCCACUGUCAUGACAGUUGCCGAAGUGGUGCCGAACUCCUGCCGAGCCACGUGCGGUUCCAUAACAUCGGCCAAUGGUGACGUCAUCACUUUGCUACCAGUACCCGCUGCUCCUGUUAUGAAUGUGUUGAGAAUGAACGUUCGUUCUGCAACGUUUGUAUGCCUUCUUCCAGGAGCUGAUACCACUUCAACGAUCUCAGCAUCUCCAACCCAAGCCUCAUCAACUCUAACCACUCUGCCAUCCCCAUCAAGUCCUAAGAGCCUCUCAUUAACUAAAACAAUCCAAUCAUCUAAAAAAAUCACAUCAGUCUCGACAACGCCGUCAACACCAUCAUCAGGAAAUACAUCAAUAUCUGCACCCUUAUUAACCAUGUCAGCAUUAACAUCAACAGCCGCAACUCUUACUUCAUUAACUACAACAACACAACCGACCCUUACAACAAACACAUCGGCGCUUUCAUCAUUUACAUCAAUCGCGUCAUCUUCAGCGACGUCCUCAACAGCUUCAGGAACACCAACAACCUUAUCAACUAUAUCAACAUCAACAAAUCCAUUAACACUAACAACUCCGACGAAGUCUUGCGCCGAAUCCUGGUCGUACUAUGACGGGUGGUGCUAUGCCUAUUUCAGGGAUCCAGUCAAUUUUGCCACCGCCUUGUGGACGUGUCGGACGAUUGCGGGUUUGGAAGCCGAUUUGGUCUCAAUACACAGUGCCGCUGAGAAUGCGUUCGUCUAUGACUUAUGGGUGAGCUUGGAGGUAUACAUUGGUGCUUUCUUAUGGAUUGGAUACCAUAAACCGACGAAUGCGCCUUUGGAACAACCCUUCGUUUGGACCGACGGGUCACCGGAUGAUUACGACUUGUGGGGACCAACGCAGCCCGACAAUAUUGGAGGAAUCGAAAACUGCGUGUCUUUCUGGGGUGCCGAAGGUGACCCGGUGAAGCUUUGGCACGACGUACCGUGUGAUACUAUCGCUGCCCCCUUCGUAUGCAAGGCAGCUAUCUAA